AUGGGAGAGUUUGAAGAACAUGCAUUGGAUAGACCAGAAGAACGGGAAACUGAAGAUGGCAGUCCAGGUGAACGGGAAAUCGACGAUUGCACUCCAGGUACAUCACACGUAGUGCCAUCGUCGAAAGGUGAUGAUAUGAUUGAGGAGCCAAAGUCGGGCAUGGAGUUCAAUUCGUUUGAAGAUUUGUUUAGGUAUUAUAAGCAGUACGCUAAGCAAUGCGGUUUUGGGGUGAUGACACAAAGGAGUGAGAGGUCAGAGGAUCAAAAUGUCAGAUAUGUUACUCUUGGUUGUGCACGGGGAGGGAAGGCACGGGUUAAGACAUCCAAUGUUGCCAACCCACGUCCGACGGGAAAGACAGAUUGCAAGGCAAGGAUAAAUGCCUUGAGAGUCGAUGGAAAGAUGCAGUUGACAACAGUCAAUAAUUCACAUAAUCAUGUUACCAGCCCACAGAAAUCUCGCUUCUACCGAUGUAACAGAGAAGUGAGUGAGACAGUUAAAAGAGUCCUUGACACCAAUGACUUAGCGGGUAUCCGAUUGAACAAGAGUUACGGAUCUCUUGUAGUUGGUGCAGGUGGCUUUGAGAACCUGCCAUUUCUGGAAAAGGAUUGUCGCAAUUACAUCGACAAAGCCCGUCAUCUACGACUUGGUGCAGUACAAGAAUAA